AUGGCUCACAGGGCUUUCAUACAGGUUAUAAUUACCGGAACUCAAGUUUUCGGAAAAGCAUUCGCUGAGGCGUAUAGACAAGCGGCUUCGCAAUCAGUGAAACAAGGUGCUACUAAUGCAUCAAGAAGGGGAACAGGAAAAGGUGAAUAUGGAGGUAUUACAUUAGAUGAAAGUUGUAAAAUUCUGAAUAUUGAGGAAGCCAAGGGAGAUUUAAACAUGGACAAAAUCAAUAACAGAUUCAAGUACUUAUUUGAAGUCAAUGACAAGGAAAAAGGUGGGAGUUUUUAUUUACAGAGCAAAGUUUAUCGAGCAGCAGAACGAUUGAAAUGGGAACUGGCUCAAAGAGAAAAAAAUGUGAAGACAAAAGCAGGGGAUACUUCAACGGCAAAAGCUCCUCCUAAUUCAACGAAUUCCUCUGGUGCUGACAAUAGUGCAAGCCCCAACCAAUAA